UGACGUGACAAAAAUAUCGCAUUGGGACGCUUUUUUAUCAUCACUCGUGUUGUUUUUCAACGUUUUAUUCAACAACAUCUUUUUUAUUCUGCUUUAGAUAAUCUACAAGAAGCAGCAUGCCAAAAGUUCGCCGCAGUCGAAAAUCACCCCCAGAGGGCUGGGAGCUGAUCGAGCCAACGCUAGAAGAGUUGGAACAGAAGAUGCGCGAAGCCGAAACUGAGCCUCAUGAAGGGAAGCGUAAACAAGAAUCACUCUGGCCCAUAUUCAAGAUACAUCACCAGAAAUCUCGCUACAUCUACGACCUGUUCUACCGACGAAAGGCCAUCAGCCGCGAGCUGUAUCAGUACUGCCUUGACGAGAAAAUUGCAGACGCUAACCUAAUUGCCAAAUGGAAGAAGACAGGUUAUGAGAAUCUGUGCUGCUUGAGAUGUAUACAGACUCGUGACACGAAUUUUGCGACAAAUUGUAUUUGCAGAGUGCCUAAGAGUAAGUUGGAAGAAGGCCGUAUUGUGGAGUGUGUGCACUGCGGCUGCAGAGGCUGCUCCGGGUAGUGAUGUAACUAUACAUAUUUUGUAAGAUUCUCGGGCUCUACAAACUUUGAAAAAUAAGCAUUGUCAUCUUACUGGUUUAUUUUAUUAUGUAUCGC